CAGACACAAACGUCAGAAUCUGAAAUCGCGAAGAAAAAUUUCCUUCAUCGUGUGUUGCUUUUCCUGAUUUUUGCUGUUCUGACGAAACAAAAUCUUCUAAUAAUUUCAUAAGAGUGCAGAACACAGUUUCAAUCGAUUCGCAUCGUAAUUCGAGCGGAAUCAAUUUUGGAUUUGAAGUAGUGACAUCGCACAGUUCCGUUCCGUCGUCAUGUCCGGAUCGAGCAUCACCCGCAACGAGGUGGUGCAGUUCGUGCUGCGAAUUUCGUUAGUGUCCAUCGUAACCUACUAUUCGGCGAAAUGGCUCAUGAAGAACCUGGACCCCACCAACAAGAGCAAGAAAAAGGCCAUCGAGAAGGCGGAGGAUAUUCUGAGAAAACUUGGCCCAAACAUCAAAAGCAGCGCAUUGACCAACCUGAAUGAUUACGAACUCGUUAUUGCGUCGCAUCUUGUUGUUCCGGAAAACAUCGCGGUCAGUUGGGAUAGCAUUGCUGGGCUGGAUCAUGUAUGCCAGGAAAUUAAGGAAAGCCUCGUUUUUCCUGUAUGCCAUCGAGAUAUGUUCUCCGCUUCCGCGUUGUAUCAAGCUCCGAAAGGUGUUCUUUUGUACGGACCUCCAGGAUGCGGCAAGACUCUGAUCGCCAAAGCAACGGCCAAGGAAGCGGGCAUGCGGUUCAUCAAUCUGGACGUCGCCAUGCUCACCGACAAAUGGUACGGCGAGUCGCAAAAGCUGGCAUCGGCCGUAUUCUCGCUGGCUGUCAAAAUCCAACCGUGCAUCAUCUUCAUCGACGAGAUCGAUUCUUUUCUGCGGGCGCGUAAUGCUUCCGAUCACGAGGCCACCGCAAUGAUGAAAACUCAAUUCAUGAUGUUGUGGGACGGUUUGAACACCGAAUCGGACUCGACCGUCAUUGUUAUGGGGGCUACCAAUCGGCCCCAGGACUUGGACAAAGCCAUUUUGCGUCGAAUGCCGGCUCAGUUUCACAUUGGGUUGCCUAGCGAAGAACAGCGUUUGAAGAUUUUGCAGUUGAUCCUGCGCCAGGAAAAACUCGCGAAGGAUAUAGAACUCGCCCAGCUGGCACGCAUGACUAACGGAUACUCGGGAUCAGAUCUGAGAGAAAUGUGCCGCAAUGCUUCCGUUUACAGAAUCCGGAAGGUAAUGAGAGAAAAGAGUAAGGAAAUGGCAGCCGCUGCCGAGUUGGGAAAAACAAACGGUAUGAACGGCAACUGUAGUAAAGCGGUUUCGAUUCCAUCCGCCGCUGGUUCUCCAAUGCUGGACGAGGCCCCGGCUAUCACUAUGGAGGAUCUAGUAGAAUCGUUGCGGAACAUGAAACACUCUAAGUAUAAUUCAGGGCUCUUGAACGAUGCUCGUAUAGACUUAGACUAAUCAUGCAUUGAUUGGUAGCAUUGAUGGAAUUCAAAUGAGAACGCUUAUAUGUAGGAAUGUUAACAUGCUUCCGAACUCACGUCUUGUUUACAAUCCUCUGUAGGUAUAACUUUGUUUGUAUAGUUUCAUCGACCAUUCUUAAUUGAGUUCUCUGCACAAGUUCUAGCGCUAUGUAGUGAUUGGCAUAUUAGGUUUGCUUUUAAAUUCCCAGUUCGAUCAGCUAAUAAAUAUAAUGAUAAAAUACAUAUAGCUUUUAAUAAAGCUUGAGAUAAGUGGCUGUUUAGAUAUUAUUAAGCUCAGCAAUCUGCUGAACAGAUUUUACAAUAAGUUAUGAAUUGCUUUUGAACAGACGACUUAGAUAUUCUCCAAAUAAUGGAGAAUUAUAAUCACACCCGAAUGAAAAGUUUUAGAUGAUACUUAUAAGGUUAUUAUUAAUUUCAAUUCAAACUAAGACUAAGUUUCAAUUUGUAGAUACCGAGAUGGAAAUGAAUAAAAUGGUAGAAAUGUUAA